AAUCAAGCAACAAUGUUGAAGCUCCCCAACAGUAGCGCGGUGUCAUUGCGAGUGUGUGUGAUAUUGUGCGAAUUAUUGGCGUUUUGCAAAAUGCGUUUUCCUCUUGUUAUUAACCGGGGAAACUUAUUUAUUACAGAUUGUCCUUAAGCUGGCUGCAUCCAGAGCCACACAAUGCUACGGGCUAGCCGUCUGUAGCAAUCCUCCGUGCAGAUGAACGGGAGUGAGGCUAGCUGGCGGCUAGCUUCAUGUCAGCGCUAACGCUAGCAUAGGGCUGACAUUCCGUGACAAGGGGAAAGUGAAGAAAAUAACCCGAGUGAAGGAAAACACCAAGUCAGGAAAUUACACCGCAAGCGUUUGGUCCUGUUCGACGCGUAGCGGCUUUGCACGAUUUGUUUGAAUGGGUUGGGGAUAUCAGAGGAGUGGGAAUGACUGACACUCCACCCAGUGAUGGCCCCUCACAGGGAGCUGAGUUUGACAUGAUGGGUGCUCUGGACUGGAAGGAUGGUAUUGCGACACUGCCAGGCAGUGAUAUCAGGUUCCGCAUGACAGAGUUUGGUACUCUCGAGAUUGUCACAGACCUCGAGGUCAAAGGGCAGCAAGCAGAGCCUAACUGCAAGACCUUGGACCCGGCACAGUCUCACACUCCCACCCCUCCACCAGAGGGCCAAUCACAGACUAGCACAGCCACAGCUCCACCCAAUCAGAGUCAGCCAGGAUCGUCUCAAGCUAAAGCCCCCGGCCCUGUGCUUCUGUCUUUAGAGGAGGGCCCAAGUAUGGAGGGCCCCAGUGUGGAGGUUGGUCCCAGUGUUGAAGUUGGCUCCAGUGCAGACACAGGCCCAAACGGGGAGCUGUUAAGGUGCCGGGCCUGUGGUGGCCGUGUUCCCCGGGAUGCCCUUUUUCAGGGCAAAUUUUGUAGCUCUAUUUGUGCCCAGCCCUCCAGUGGCAGAUCAUCUCCAGGGGAAGCAAGGGAGAGUCAGGCCGUCGAGGGUGAGAGGUUAGGCAAACGUGUACGCAAAAAGAGGAAGAUCUACAUGGAUUCUGGUGACGAAGAGGAAGAAAACCAAGAGGAACCAGAGGAAAAGACCAAGACAACCAAAGGCAGACGAGGUGCCAAAAUAGCCAAAUUAGUGACUGCCCCGCCCAAUAAGAAGCGGGCGUGGAGCUGGCCUGCUUACUUGGAAGAGGAGAAAGCCGUCGCUGCUCCUGUUAAACUAUACAAAGAGCACCAGUCGUUUCCACAAAGCAGGAACAGUUUUAAGGUGGGAAUGAAGCUGGAGGGGCUGGACCCGUCUCAUCCAUCUCUGUUCUGUGUGCUCAGUGUUGCAGAGAUCCAAGGUUAUAGAGUAAGGCUCCACUUUGAUGGUUACCCAGAAUGCUACGACUUCUGGGCCAAUGCCGACUCGUGGGACAUGAAACCAGCUGGCUGGUGUGAGAAGAAUGGACAUAAGUUAUUGCUGCCUAAAGGUUGUAAGGAUGGGGAGUUUAAUUGGAGCAUGUAUGUAAAGAACUGCAGAGGUCAGCUAGCUCCAAAACACCUUUUCAAGAGCCUCAACACAUCUGUGACUCCAUCUGGAUUCAGGGCAGGGAUGAAGCUGGAGGCGGUCGACAGGAAGAACCCGUCAUUGAUCUGUGUAGCAACCAUCGCUGCUGUUGUUGACAACCGACUGCUCAUUCAUUUUGACAACUGGGAUGACACAUAUGAUUAUUGGUGUGAUGCUAGCAGUCCAUACAUCCAUCCUGUGGGUUUCUGUGAAGAGGCUGAGCUAACUCUGACCACUCCAGCUGGUAAGACACAGAUCAAGACAGACGUGGAAUAUAAGCAUCCUAAGAGUUUCUCGUGGGAGAAAUACCUGGAGGAGACAGGCACACAGGCUGCUCCGGCACGGGCUUUCAAACCGCGACCUCCACACGGCUUUCAGAUUGGGAUGAAAGUGGAAGCUGUCGAUAAGAGGAACCCCAUGCUCAUCCGUGUUGCAACUAUAGUGGACACAGAGGACCACCGACUAAAGAUUCAUUUUGAUGGCUGGAGUUCAGAGUACGACUAUUGGGUGGAGACAGACUGCCCUGAUCUUCACCCUGUAGGGUGGUGUCAGAAAACUGGACAUCCACUACAAUACCCUAACGGCUCCAGUGAUUUAUCUACCGCCCCAGGACAAGGAUGUCCUACCCCAGGAUGCAACGGGGUUGGACACAUCAGAGGACCUCGCUAUGGGACCCACUACACUCAGGUGAGCUGUCCGUACUCGGAGAUGAAUCUAAACAAGGAGGGCCUGCUGCCAGAUCGCCUCAGUGGAGAACGACCCCUCGCCCUUAGCGGACCUCAUCCUCGCGGGCGACGCCCCGAUCCUCAAACAAACACUACGACGCAGAUCUCCUCAACGCCAGACCAGACAGAAGGAGCUGAAGACUCCCAGAACAGGAAACCGGUGACAGUGGAAGCUGAGCGUUCGGGGCGCAACAGCCAGUCAGAGCCACCGGGUGGAGCCAGUGAGCAGAGCCACAAUGGAACAAGACCUAAACGGACUGCACCAGUUCCCAAAUAUCUGAAAAUGCACUACGUUAAAGAGGAGAUUGGUGACAGUAAAGCCUCUCCAGAUGCCGUCUCUCUCCAGCAGGCCCUCCACGAGUCUGUGUUUUCCCCCGGCAUCUCUGCCUCUCCCCCACACCGGGUGGCCCUCUGCUGGGACAAACACUGCCAGCUGCUGCCUGAGGUCCUGGGGCUGACUGCCAAGAGAGUGGCCACUUGGAGCGCUGAGGAGGUGGCCAGUUUUGUCAAAGGACUCCCGGGAUGUAAAGAACAUGCUGCUACAUUUAAAACAGAGCAAAUAGAUGGCGAGGCCUUCCUCCUCCUAACCCAAGCAGACAUCGUCAAGAUCUUGUCAAUCAAGUUGGGACCCGCCCUGAAGAUCUACAACUCCAUCCUCAUGUUGAAGAACGCGGACGAAGAGUAAGACCUGACUAGUCGGAGGGAACACUUGCUCCUUACCGGUUUCAUCAACUUUCAGCUAAAGACAUUUGAUAAAAUAAGUGAGAACAUGUUUCGUCUGUCGAGCUCUGCGACGGUGAAGCUACACGAGAGAAACAAGUGGAAGUCAUUAUUUUCAAAAAACGUCCAUCUCCCCCCCACCCCCCUUCAUUCUCCAUCCUCUCUCCAUGAUGGACAGAUCAACCCUGAGGGAGAGUUUUACAUGAUACCAAGAGGAUUCCUCGAUUUAUAUCGUGUUUGUUUACGGGAUCAUUAAAAAAACAAACAAAAAAACAACUACAGGCACCUUCAAUGCUUCUUAACAUUGUACAGUUUAUGAAUUGGAUUUCUUGUCACCGUUCUGUUGCAUUUCCUGUUUUAUUUGAACUGUAAUGGUGCUUGAGCUCAGAGCAGAUGGAACAAGCAUGUCUGUGCUUUGUUGCUUUUUACUAGGCAACAGAUACAUUUUCUUCUUCUUUCUCUUUUUUUUAAAAAAAAGCUGCAAGAUACAAUCGUGAGGCGAUGAGAGGUUUUUUAAAAAUGUGAAACCCAGUGGAGCAGAAGCACUAUGUAGUUCAGCCUUUCUCCUCUAGGUGGAGACAAUGGGCCGCUCCACAGGCCCGAAGGCGCAGGAGAGAGAGAAAGAGAGAGAGAGAGUUUGUUUAAAUUGGAGUUGGCUGAAACUUAGAUUGAAUGGGGGAUGGUUGAAAGUGUGUGUGUGUGUGUGUGUAAAUGUGACUAAGUGUGUCUGAGAAAUGAGGAUGUAAUUUUCCACCAGCCCGUGUGUGUUGCUGUUCUGGUCAGAGGAUUGUUUUGUGACAAGCAGCGCUAAGGGCUAAAUGUUAAAUCAAGGAAACUUACAGCCUUUUAAGGUGGAACGAGACGACGAACCAGCUCUGUUCUUCUCUAUCUGCUUUGUGUUUUUUUUUUUGUUGUUGGGGGGGAAACAGCACACGAAUAUGAAUGUUUAAAAACAGCUUUUAGUUGUUUUGUUGAUAUUGAUUAUCUUGUUUGGUUCAAAUAACCUCCAUCAUUCACAUUGUAAAUAGUAUACAGCUACAAAAUGGACUGUCCUCGCUCCCUACCAGAGUUUACUCCUUGCUUGGUUAUGCAAAGGCUUGACAUCUGUCUACAGGAACGGACGGUAUGACAGUGAACUGAAAAAUACGAGCCUCAAUUCAUACAUAGAUUUUGAGAAAAAAUAAAAAACAAAAACUUUGUCAGUGUCUUUGUAAAUCGGCGUGUACUUCGGCAAGUUGGAAUGUGUACAUCAGCAACUGUUUAUAUGCAAACAGCUUUUAUUUAUGUAUUCUAAUUUAAGGGUUAAUGGUACGCUGUUUUGGCUCUGAGGUAACUGUGGCUGUUUGAUGGAAUGGGUGAAAAUAAACAAGAUGCACACUG